CCCAUGAAAUAGAAAGAGAGAAAGGAUAAUCUAUUUCAUGGUCGUGUGUUUCUUUUCUUUUAUGAGUGAAUUUUACCAAAAGAAACUCUGGCACAAACUCACUCUCAAGUUCGAGUGAGUAGUUCGUUACGCAGACUGUCCAAUCUCAACUUCCACUCUCAGUUUCUUAAUUAAGAAGAAGAAUGGGGACAUUGGGAAUAGGUGCAGUGGUUCAAAUGAAUUCAGAAUUGUUAUCAGCAAGAGGAAAAGGGAAGAAGAGGACUAAAUCCAUCAGUUUGCUAUCUCAGAAAAAGAAACCUCAAAAUCAUAGUUUCCAGGUGAAUUCCAAUCUCGGUAGCAAUAAUGAGGUCUUGGAAGUGAAAGACAUAAGAGAUGAUUGCCAAAAGUAUAACAAUAAUGAAGUCUUGCAAGUUAAAGAAAUAAGGGAUAACUGCAAAAAAUGGGUAUGGAAAGGCCAAUACUCGAUCAAUUACUUGGUUAAAUCUGAUUCUAUUAAUAAUGACACUACUCGCCCAUGUCUCCUUCUUGUUCAUGGGUUUGGCGCCUCCAUUCCUCAUUGGCGCAGGAAUAUUGCCACAUUGGCACAAAAUUACACAGUCUAUGCAAUUGACCUUCUUGGCUUUGGUGAUUCAGAUAAGCCAAAGGGUUUUUCAUAUACCAUGGAGUCAUGGGCUCAAUUGAUUUUGGAUUUCUUGGGUGAAGUUAUUCAAAAGCAUACUGUGCUUAUAGGGAAUUCUGUUGGAAGUCUUGCUUGUGUAAUUGCAGCUUCAGAAUCUAGACAAAAUUUGGUUCAAGGACUUGUGCUGUUGAAUUGUGCUGGUGGCAUGAACAAUAAGGCAAUAGUUGAUGAUUGGAGGAUCAAACUGUUAUUUCCUUUACUUUUGUUGAUUGAUUUUUUAUUGAAGCAGCAAGUAAUUGCUUCGACCAUUUUUGAGCGUGUAAAACAGAGAGAUACAUUGAGGAACAUUUUAUUGUCUGUUUAUGGAAACAAGGAUUCAGUGGAUGAUGAAUUGGUAGAGAUCAUUAAAGGACCUGCAGAUGAUGAAGGGGCACUUGAUGCUUUUGUUUCCAUAGUAACAGGCCCACCUGGCCCAAGUCCAGUGACAUUGAUGCCAAGAAUUAGCAUUCCUGUUCUGGUUCUAUGGGGUGAUGAAGAUCCUUUCACACCUCUUGAUGGCCCUGUUGGUAGCUUAACUGGGGCUGUUCAGAAUCGGGUCGGGUUGCAUUUGUUCGCAUACCGACCUGAACUGAAAGUGAAUCUACACUUUGUUUGGAUGGGUGAGGCAACGGUAAUUAAUAAAAGGAUAAGGGAGGUUAAAGGAGAAAAAGAGUAGGUAGGGUCACAAUAAUAAAACUAUUGUAUUUUGGUAAGAAGUAAAUUAAUGUAUAGGUAGAGAGAAGGAAUAUACAUUCUUUAUGUUAGAAAGAGGUGAAGGAAGAGAAAUGGAUUUAUUUUAGUUGUAAAUGAGUUUAAACCUUACCUCUUCGUUCUUGCACCUCAAAUUCGGUGUAAGAAAAAUCGAGAUUUGAUGGGGAAAAUUAGGUAAGGUUUACCUUGUUUAUCCUUA